UUUGUUGUGUUACGUUUUUUUCGUUAUCUGUCAUAACUUGAAUAUUAGAAAUUUCAUUAAGCGAAAGUACUCAAUGGACAGCAAAUAUGAAGCACUGCCAACAGUGCCUUCUGCAGCUGUUUUCCACGACAAUGGAAGCCUAUUUAGGCAUAAAAACGCUGGGGCCGUUAGAAAGCAGAAAUUGUUGAAAUGGAUUGGCAUUCUCUUUAUUGUGCUGACAGUCUUUGGAUGCGCAUUUUAUCGGAUUGUUGCAGAAACCAAGCAUUCAGCUAAUUUACUACAACAGAAUGUCUUCCAUCUUUUGUCUACAAGAAAUUCUGCAAAAAUCUAUAUGUGGGAUGUCUCUGGUGCAAAUGUAACACUGCUCCUGCAGAAUCAAGUGACUUUCUCUGAAGAUGUUGGAAACCCAGUUUCAUGUGACAACAGUUCUUUUGAUCUGUGUCUGAAAUGGGAAAAAGAAGGCAGCAAGCUUCCAAAUGCAAAAUUAACUUUAAGGCAGUUUCAGAUAAGUGAGGGUGUUGAAUGCCAUAAAUUAAAUGUGUCUGCUGCUUGGAAUGCAGAUAUAACAUCUUGUGUGUCCAUAACAGGAGAGCAUCUGUAUGGUGGUCCAGUUUUGAAACCAUCUCAGUACUGGCCCAGUGAGAAAAAUGAAAUGCAGAAUGUGCCACGUGCCACUGGACAGGGCACAAUUAGUGGAGUUGCAGAAUCAUUCUGGAUAACAUCUGGAGGAAAAGUUUUUUAUGUUCCUCGUGAUGUUCCAUUGUUUAUCUCCCAAGACAGUCGCCAACUUUGUUUUCAAAGCAAACUUGCGUCACCCUACCUCCGAGAUACUGAAACCACUGUUAAUAUGAAACUUUAUUACUGCCAGAGCAAUGAUGCACAGAAGCUGUACAGGGCAACAGUUAAACGUUUCUUGGGGCUUCCAUCAGGCAUUCCAGACAAAGAAAUGAUACAAAACCCAGUGUGGUCUACUUGGGCCAGAUACAAGAGAGAAAUAAAUGCCACAGUUGUAACAGACUUUGCUGCUCAGAUAGCAGAGUAUGGGUUUAACAGGAGCCAUUUAGAAGUUGAUGAUCGGUGGGAAAGUUGCUAUGGUGAUUUUAAAUUUAAUGAAGGAUUCCCAGAUCCUGGACAGUUUAUUCAAGACCUCAACAAUAAAGGUUUUAGAGUUACCUUAUGGGCUCAUCCAUUUGUCAGUACUGUAUGUUCAGCAUAUUCUGAAGCAAAGUCAAGGAACUAUCUUGUGAAAAAUCUGGAUCAAAGUUGGGACAAAACUGUAUGGUGGAAUGGAAUUGCUGGUCUUGUAGAUUUCACAAAUCGUAAUGCAACAUCUUGGUGGAAUGGGAAACUAACAGCUUUAAGAGACAACUAUGGAAUUGAUGGUUUCAAAUUUGAUGCUGGUGAAACUUCUUACAUGCCUGGAUCUCCAGAAGUUGGACACCUUCAGUCUCCUAUAAGACUGCAGCCAAAUAUUUUCACUUCACAGUAUGUGGAAAAUGCAGCAUCACUUAGUAGAAAUGAAUUGAUGACUGAAUUCAGAGUAAUGUACAUGAAUCAAGGUCUGCCAGUGUUCUUGCGAAUGCCAGAUAAAGAAUCUACCUGGGGUUAUGAAGAUGGCUUGAAGUCUUUAAUACCAACCUUAUUAUCACUCAAUAUUGUUGGGUAUUCAUUUGUUCUGCCUGAUAUGAUUGGAGGAAAUGGAUAUAGUACUAAACCAAGCAAAGAACUUUUCAUACGCUGGUUGCAGGCCUCUACCUUCAUGCCUUCUCUUCAGUUUUCGUACACUCCUUGGGAUUACGAUGACGAAACAGUAGAAAUUGCAAAGAAGUUUACUAGCCUUCAUGCAGAGUAUGGAAAUAUGAUCAUUGAUUUAGCAGAACAGAAGGUUACGAAUGGAACACCUAUUAAUUUGCCAAUCUGGUGGCUUAAUCCUGCUGACACAACUGCACUUGGAAUAGACUCAGAAUAUCUAUUGGGUGAGAAUUUGCUUGUGGCACCAAUACUAGAAGAAGGAGCAACAAGCAGAGACAUAUAUUUACCUGUUGGAACGUGGGAACAGAAAGUGAGAAGUGAUGCAACAACUGUUAUUAGUGGCCCUGCAUGGAUCAAAGGUUAUAGAGUUGAACUUGAUGAGUUGGCGUAUUUUGUACGCGUGUCAUGAAUAAGUUCAUACAGUUGUAAAAAUAUUUAAAUUCGUAUGCAAUGUAUUAAUCGUUCAUGUAUUUGGAGAGUUAUGAGCCAUAGUAGCGCAAACAGCCACAUGAAAUGUGUAACACUUAUUGUCAGGCAUUCAUGAAGUUGUAUGUUCUGAAGAUAAGUAAGAAGAGAUGAAGAUCUUUUCUCUAAAGUGAAUUCUCUGGUUCAGUUAUAUGAACCUAUGAUGUCGUUUAGCCUGUCUGUAGCCCAGAAUUUUGGUCACAUUGUCUCUCUUUAAUGUAACUUUUUAGUUUCAUAUUUUUAAUUUUCAGAGUAUAAUUUUAUAAAUUGCUGAUUCUCAUCAAAAGUUGAAGUGUUUGUCAUGCAUUGUGUUAAAUAUUUCAUGGUGUUACACUUUCAGUGCUCUCUUAUAUGCUUUUAUUUUGUGAGUUGAAACUUGUGUGCAUAUUUAUACACUGUGGAAUGCAAAGGCUGUGAAACUUUGUGUUAUACUGUAUACAUAGUUAUUAUGUUACUAAGUUUGUAUACUGAUAUUAAUAUCUGAAUUAUUAAACCUGCGUUUCAAGUUUGCUUGUUGCUAUCUUGAAUUGUAGUUUUUAUUUUUAUUGCACAGUCAUAUUUUUUACAAAUUUUGGAUUGUUCUUAUGUCAUUAGCAGAUCAAAUUACAGCAGUGGAGUUGCUGUAAUUAGAUAAAUGAAAUUUUUAUCAACUCUUGGAAAGGAUAGAAGAAAAACAUUGUUCUGCUUGUUGUUUUCACAAUGUAGAGCUUGUUGCAAAUUAUAACUUCCUUAAAGUUUUCUAGUUUGCAUAAUUAUAAUUUAUUUACACAUACAGUAUAUUCCAAAUGAGGUUCACAGUUGUUAAGUGCUGGACUCGCAUCAAGGACGACGGUACUUCAAGCCCCCCAUUUGGGCAACCAAACUCACGAUUUUCAAUAUUUCCCUAAAACGAAUAAAUCAAAUGUUAGGAUGUUUUCUGCAAAAAGGAAGUGGCCAAUUUCCUUCCCCAUCAUACCAAAAUCGAAGCUUGUGGUCCAUCUCUAAUGCGCUCAUUAUCAGUGAGACAUUAAACCCAACACCUCCAUACCUUCAUUGACAGUAUAUAAGUAAAUGGAUCAAUAUAUUCAUUGGCACUAAAAAGUGUACAUAUAGAUAGAUUGUUUGUAGAGCAUCAAGUUCUACAAUGCACCCAUCAAAUCACUGUACAUUGGAAUGCCAAUUUUUCUGUUUUGAUUUAUUUAUACAAAUAAUGUGUAAUGUAAGUACAUAUGCCCUGCAGCAUAAUACAAUUACUGUAGGAGCAUGUUCAAAUCAUUUAACCAUAUGAUUUAUAAUUUAUUUCCAAUAAAACACAUUUGUCUUGAUUGUAUUUUACUGAAUGACACACAAGUUCAGCAAUAGUCUGUGAAUUUGCCAUAGAUUGAGAAAAUUUGAGUGCUAAAUAGUAAGAAUGAUUAUAGUUUUCCAUAAAAAUACGUUGUCAUUUCUAGAUGCUCCUUUACAGUCAGAAUUGUUUCUCUUUCUUGAGUAAAUAUGUGGAUUUCAGAUUCCAUAGCCUAUUAAUGAAUUUGUUGGGACCAUUUAAUGCAAAAGGAUGGUGUUGACAUGUGCAGUGAUCAGAAAAUAGCAAUCAUUAAAAUCUAAAUACUAUACAAAGAACAGUCAGCAGAUUUAAAUUAUGGGGAGCAAAUAUGUGAAGCCAUGUAUAAGCAGUAGUAAUGGGGUUAAAGACAUUGAAGAAAUAAUUUGGUUUGAAAGGCAUGCUUGUUAAAUCAAGUUUGUUUAAAAUAGGAAUCAUAUUGAAAGGAGGACUGUGUCUUGUGAAUAGGAAGGUCAUUAGAGACAGCUUAUUUUCUCAGUUAGGUGAGCGCAAAUGAAGGAUUUGAUCAUGUGGGUAUUGAAGAGAGAAUCCUUACAUUUGAAUGAAAUUGUUUCAAACAAUCAGAAACAUAAAUUAGUAUUACCAGGCUGGAAUGUGAAUCGUGAUACAUCAAAGAUCCAUUGUUUUAAUCAACUGUGUCAUUUGUAGUUAUAAUUGCGUACAUUUAUUUCUUUGGCUGUUUGAUUGAUCCAUGUUUUUGUUCUCUAUAUUCCUUGCAAAUGCCAGAUUUUAGUAGAUCUUAUGUGGUGAUGAUAUGAAGGUAAUUAGAGAUUGGGUCUGGAAAUGCCUAUGGUGUUUUAUUGUGCUGAUAAUUUAUGUUGUCUCAACUGUGGUAGGAAUAAAUGGACUAGACAGGUGCUUUCUGACAAGUUCAUUUUUUUUCAUCAUAGUAUGAGUGUAACAUUUGACAUCUAAGACUGAUCCUUAGGAGUACACAAAAACAAAGAGCUUCUGGUACGUUAACAUUACAGUAUUCUGCAGUUUCUUUUGGAAAUACACUUGUAUUUUGCAAUCUAGUAUUGUUUCUGAAGUUCAUUUCUGUCCGAUUGAUACAUGAUUUAUACAGUUCAUAAAUAUAUAUUGUAAACAGGAGUCCAAAUAUCAAUUAGUAUCAACUCUGAAACAAUUUUGUUAGUAUAAAAUGGCAGGUAUAUUUAUGAAUAUUGGUUAGCAGAAAGGUAACAGAUACUUUCACAAUUGUUCAAUAACAUUGUGACAUAAAUACAAUUUGUUACUGGCGUAGAUGAUGAGAGAAAAUCUGAUACAGAUUAAAAACAAAGAAUCAAUUCUGUGAUGAUUUCCAGAGGAUAUGAUGAUAGAAAAUGACUGUAAUUAAUACAAACAGAUAGUUGCUAAACAGUGUAGAUUAACAGUAACUAUUAACCUGACAAGAAUGAGUGGAAAGUGCUUACAGUGACCAUAUAUCUGCAGACGUGUUGUAUUUUAUUUUACAUUCCCAUGGAUUGUGGUGUAUGAAACAUAACUCGAUAUUGUUAUUUUUGCACUAAACCCAGUCUUUCACUGGCCAUCAUCAAAUCCACUAACGUUAAAUAUUAACAACUAAUAGAGAGAAUUGUCAUAAAAUGUUGCUGUUAAAUGUGUACUUUUUUAUGUAAUUGUAUUUCAUUGCAGCAACUGAUGAUUGAUUGCUUUCCUGCCACUCCUUUCUCUUUGUAAUUACAUUGGUAUGUCAUUCCAGAAGAGUAAAAAUGUGUGGGAACUGUCAGCUGUGUAACUUGUAAAUCCAUUUUUAAGAUCAUUUCUGCCAUGCAUUGGCAGUGUUUGCAUGUACUGGAUUUGAGUAAGCUAUUUAUAAUACGUUUAAGGAGAAAUAUUAUCUUGAAUAUAAAUAAAGAAUACAUAUAUUUUUACAUAUAAGUUAUUCAAACGAAGAAAUAAAUGUUACUUAAAUACUG